UGGGUGGGUGUGUAGUGGGCUGGAAGGCGAGUGGUGGAGAGAGGAAGGGGCCAUUCCAGAGGUAUGCGUGUGUGAGAAAGAGUGUAGGCAGCCUAAACACUAAUGACAAGCUUUGUUCCCCUUCUUUUUUGUAGUUUUUUUAAAUGUGCAGGUUAAGAAUAUGAGAGCUGAAGGUGGCUUCUGGGGUGCAAUCAUUUGAAUACUAAAGGAUGGGGCGUUAGCGGGCAGGACUUUGGUGGGUUUCUCUGCGUAGCUCUCUGAAUUAACACUGGAAACGCGAGCACGAUCCCCGGGAAAGUGGAGCCGGGUGGUUUUGGAGUACUCAAUCUGCCUGGGUCCUCAUUGCCUAGAUAGGUUUGGACCGGCAGGGAUUUGUUUCGUUAUCCUUUAUUAAACCCACCUCUCUCUCUCUCUCUCUCUCUCUGGCUCUCUGGCUCUGUGCUUCUUGCCUAUAAUAGCAUAGUGGUGAGAUCCACAUAUUGCAGAAUUCUGCGGGUGAGAGUAAAAAGGAAAAACAGGAUGAAAGUUCGAUGACGUGCUGCGGCAAUCAGGUAUGCUGCUAAAAGUUUGGGGAAAAUUGUCUGGAUGCGGUCUGCUGACAGAAGAAUGAAGCACUCGCAAACUUUUUUCAGGUCUGGAAGAGUCGUAUCUCUGUGAUUGUGUUUGUUCAUGUGGGAUUUGCGGCGGCUUGGUUGCAAAGGAAGACCAAUCAUUUCUCUCGAUUCUCUGGGCUGAGAGCAGGCAAACUAAGGGGGACGGGACGAGCAACCCCCUCUAUCAAGACCUGAUCUAUUUCCCCAAACUGUUUAGUGUAUUCAUGAGGUUACGCAAUUGCGGAGGCAGCAAAAUUAUCGUAAUCAAUUGAAACAGCGACUGCGCAUCCAUGGCUCUGAUUAUUUGGAGAUAGUCUAUCAGCCUGAUGUCUAUGUAACGAGGAAAGGGGGGCAUUGAAUUACUGUCGAGUUUCUCGGAAGUCCAUGAUCAUUGGGCAAGGGAGUUUAGUCAGUGAUAAUAGGGCUCCUUGGUCGGCGGACGGAAGAAUUUUAUGUUACAUUAGAUAGCUGACUUAGCCCUGCUGAAAGGUGCUGUUUUGAAACCAAACCCCACACUGUCCAGACGAUUGACUGCAGUCUGUUCUCUGCAAUCUCUUUUUUUUUCAACCUGACAAAGGAAAAAAGAGGCAGACGAGCCACAGGUCUGGGACGAUAAACAUGGAGGUUAGGUACAACCAAGAGACAGAAGGGCUGGGACUGAGGAAUGGACUAAAGAAGGGGAAAGAUGACAAGGAAUCCCAAGGAAGCUUGUCAAAAAGCUACCUCAAGGAGCAACCAGACUCUUUUUCCCCCACUGGGACUGUGGACAACUGUGAGAAGAACAGAGGGAGCACGGCAGACCUAGACUACUGUCGGAGGAUAUUAGUCCGAGAUGCUAAAGGCUCUAUCCGAGAGAUUAUCCUGCCAAAGGGUUUGGAUUUGGACCGACCCAAGCGAACCCGCACCUCUUUCACUGCAGAGCAGCUCUACCGGUUAGAGAUGGAGUUCCAGAGGUGCCAGUAUGUGGUUGGGAGGGAAAGGACAGAACUGGCCCGUCAACUCAAUCUGUCUGAAACUCAGGUGAAGGUCUGGUUCCAAAACCGGCGCACUAAGCAGAAGAAGGACCAGGGGAAGGACUCUGAGCUGCGUUCAGUGGUUUCAGAAACAGCCGCCACCUGCAGUGUCCUCAGACUACUGGAGCAGGGACGGCUGCUGACUCCUCCAGGCCUGCCGGGGCUCCUGCCCCACUGUGGCAGCGGCACACUGGGCUCCAGUCUGCGCCCCCCGUCCAUGACCAUGUCCAGCAACAGCAGCAGUGGCAGCAGCAGUGGCAGCAGCAGCAGCAGCGGCGGCAGCACCAGCACGGCGGGGGGCAGCCCUCCACUACCUGCCGCCACCAGCUCAGGGACAGUGGCAGGUCUGCAGAGUUCACAGGGGGCUCAUGGGCUCUUCAGCUUCCCCAUGCCCUCCUUACUCAGCGGUGUCGCCACACGCAUUUCCUCCAACCCCCUGUCCAUGGCUGGCUCUCUGGCCGGCAACCUGCAGGAACUUUCCGCUCGAUACCUGAGCUCCUCUGCUUUUGAGCCUUACACGCGGACCAAUGGUAAAGAACCCAUGGACAAGAAAAUUGUGGAAUGAUGCUUUGUUUUCACAUAAAUGGAUUCCUGUUUCGUCUGGACACAUUCUGGUCUUUGUACUGCCUUCUAUUAUCUCUGCUCAUUCUCUUUCGUUCGUCUGUGUCAUGUUCUGUAGCAGUUCAUGUAUUCCAGUUCUCACAGAAAACUAAGACCUACACAUACUCAGCUAACAAAGAUUUUGCAUAAAUGUUCAUAUUUUGUUACAGACACAUGAUGAGAUUUAUGAGGGAUCUUUCAAGGUUCUGUUCAAACACAUUUCCUUCUUGAAUCCCAUAUUACCAUAUACACCACACAGGGGCCCAGAGAAUAUGCCUGCAUCUCGCCACAAAAGGUCUGCCGCUGUAAGAGAAGUGGUACAUAAUGUAUAGCAAGGAGUGAGGGAUAAGCGACAGACAAUGUAAAGUGAUGGUACCUUUGCGAAUUUGGCUUACUAUUGCAGGUAGAUGUAGAGAAAGGAAGCUAGCUGUCAAAUAUCUUAGCAGCAUUUUGUAAGAUCAAUUCAGCAAAUGAAAAAACAAACAUUUAAAAUGCAACAAUAUAAAUGAACAGGAAAGGCCAAUGUCUCAAUACAGAAAUGGGGGAGGAAAAAAAAUAAAGGGCAUGUGUUGGAAGGUCAUCGCAAGGCCGUUGUUAUCAUCGAGCCCAAAGCGUUUGACAAAGGAAUGCUACUUACGAUGCCUCGUGAAAAUUAGGCUGCAAAAAGUUUUGUUGUGUAUCUGUUUGUGUUCAGUUUGGACCAAAACAAAACAUAAUCCAGAGAAGGUGUUGUCAUACAGUGCAAUUGUUGUUAAUGUUCAGUGUUGUUUUCUCUACUUAAACAUUUGACAACAAACGUUUUCACUUUGUUGCAUUUUCGUCUUCAAGAUGCAGUACCUGAGUCCUUUUUUG